UCCGUACCAAUAAAUAACACGUCUGUAAUGAAACACUAAGAUAAUGUUCAAAGCGCUACAAAACAAUGACUAGUUUUGCUUAAAAUGUGGCGCGCCUGUAUUUCUGAAAUGUUGCCCCAAGCUGCCACAGAGGCCGGCCAGCCCGCUACGAAAGCCCCUUUUUAGAGCCCUCGGGGAGACUCCCCUUUGUCAUUAGCUCUCCGGCCUCCUCAGAGGGCCCAAGAGCAGGACCCAUUGUGAUGGUGAGUACCUCCCCGGGGGCUCCGCUUUUCUAGGCAGUGGUUGCGUCCAGAGCCCCUCUGACGCAGAAGUGGCGACCCUUUCCAGGGUGAUGACUGGCUGGCUGGGGCUGGGGGUGGGCUGACCUCCGCGGCGCUGUGCCGCCACCAACAGGCCCCGCCCCCGUGCUGCGCGGUCAUUUGUAUGCAGCCUCGCGAUUGGUCACUCGGCUCCCGCGAGGGGAAGGGGAGAGAAGCAGCGCGUACUCGCGCGUGCGUGAGGUGGUGCGUGAGCUGGCGCGCGAGAAAGGGCCCGGUGGCGUCGAGGCUCGAGCGGCCGUCGCCAUUUUGUAGGGUUUUCUCUGACGCGGGAGCCGCCGCCGCCACCCGGAGGCUCUUGUCAGGAUGGUGAAGCUGUUCAUCGGAAACCUGCCCCGGGAGGCCACAGAGCAGGAGAUUCGCUCUCUUUUCGAACAGUAUGGGAAGGUGCUGGAAUGUGACAUCAUUAAGAACUAUGGCUUUGUGCACAUAGAAGACAAGACGGCAGCUGAGGAUGCCAUACGCAACCUGCACCAUUACAAGCUUCAUGGGGUGAACAUCAACGUGGAAGCCAGCAAGAAUAAGAGCAAAGCUUCAACCAAGUUACACGUGGGUAACAUCAGCCCCACUUGUACCAACCAAGAGCUUCGAGCCAAGUUUGAGGAGUAUGGUCCGGUCAUCGAAUGUGACAUCGUAAAAGAUUAUGCCUUCGUACACAUGGAGCGGGCAGAGGAUGCAGUGGAGGCCAUCAGGGGCCUUGACAACACAGAGUUUCAAGGCAAAAGAAUGCAUGUGCAGUUGUCCACAAGCCGGCUUCGGACUGCCCCUGGGAUGGGAGACCAGAGCGGCUGCUAUCGGUGUGGGAAAGAAGGGCACUGGUCCAAAGAGUGCCCAGUAGAUCGUACGGGUCGUGUGGCAGACUUUACUGAGCAGUAUAAUGAACAAUAUGGAGCAGUUCGCACACCUUACACCAUGGGCUAUGGGGAAUCCAUGUAUUACAACGAUGCAUAUGGAGCACUCGACUACUAUAAGCGAUACCGGGUCCGCUCUUAUGAGGCAGUAGCAGCAGCGGCAGCGGCUUCUGCAUACAACUACGCAGAGCAGACCAUGUCCCAUCUGCCUCAAGUCCAAAGCACAACUGUGACCAGCCACCUCAACUCUACUUCUGUUGAUCUCUAUGACAGACACCUAUUGCCAAACUCUGGCGCUGCUGCCACUUCAGCUGCUAUGGCUGCUGCUGCGGCCACCACUUCCUCCUACUAUGGAAGGGACAGGAGCCCACUGCGUCGUGCUGCAGCCAUGCUCCCCACGGUUGGAGAGGGCUACGGUUAUGGGCCAGAGAGUGAGUUAUCUCAGGCUUCAGCAGCUACACGGAAUUCUCUGUAUGACAUGGCCCGGUAUGAACGGGAGCAGUAUGUGGACCGAGCCCGGUACUCAGCCUUUUAAAAACUGGAGGUGUGAACCUCAAAUGGACUGAAUAACCCUGAGUUGGUUGCAGUCCCAGGAGCCUGAUGUUAAUGAGGCUGCCAGGAUGAAAUACUCCAGAACUGUUGGGGAUCCAAAUUCGGGUCUCACCCUAGCAGAACUGAUCCAAGAACGUCACAACUUUUGAAGUCGAUUGGCACAGAUCAAGACCAAGAUUUGGCCCUUUGUCUGUAAUAAGUAGAGGAACUUGGUGUGAGUUAACUUUUUUUUUCCCCCAGCCAUUGGUGUCUGGAGUUCCCAUCAUCAAUAGAAGGAUUAGAGAAUUUUAGGAGUGAUUUCUUCUUUUGAUUUGGCAAGGGAGAUUUGGUCAAUUAGGGGAACUACUGGAACUGUGGCUCUAACUCUGUGACAGUGUGACAUGUAGGUGUGUUGGAAUUGGGUGAAUGGCUGCUCCUUGAUAUCCUACCCCUUGUGACCAUUUCUGAAAGCUUGUUUACUGUGAAAGAUUAAAACAAAACACAUUUAGAAUAGUGUAGUUCGCCAUAUAUGACAUCUCAGCAUCUUCUGCUUUUCCUGGACCCCAAAAUUAAAUUGCAGUUCUUGAAAAUGUAUGUAUGCCCUUUGUUGCAGCAACAGUAGCCUUCUGUCACAGGGGUUAUCUUGCCUAAAAGAUGGGUAAGAAAGAUGUAUUUAUCACCAACACAUUCUUCAGCUAGAUUGCAUCUUUUCCUAUAUAGCCAUAAGUAGAUUCCUAUAUAUAGCUAUUGAUAGACUCCUAGGUAAUUACAUAGGAUAUGAGUUAGAUCCAGUCUGACUUGGUUUUGUUUUGUUCUUUUUUUUCCCCCAUGGAAUACAGGAUGGGACCCAGGGCGCUUGUACUCGGAGCCAGGCUGCUCUCCAGGCAUUGUGUAAGCCUCUUGUGUUGUGCUCUCUUUCAGGUAGGAUAAUUGCGGACUGAACCCUCGGGCUGCGGUCAUAUAUGAGAACUUGCUCCGCGCGGUCCCCUUUGCCGGGAUGUUUCCAUUGCUUCAUGUUUCAGUAAACAAAAGGAGUUUGUGACCAACUAUGUUUUCUUUCUUAAUUUAAUUCUUCUAAGUUGACUUUUCUUUCCUCCUGAAACUAGUCUCUGUAGCCUUUCACUCUGUUCCUUACAUUCUCAGCCUCUGAGCAGCCCUGGGUGAGGAUUAUGCUGGCAUCCCCUUUUUCCUGUGCAGUGGAGCCCCUCUUAUCUUGCUUUCCCUAGGAGUUGAAUCCUUCUCCCUGCCUACCUGCAGCAUCUCCUUUCCCUUUAAAAUGACCAUGUAGUGGCAAGCAGCCUUUUACUCUUCUGUUAGCUCUGGACUCUAACAUUGAAGUUACUCUUCUGAAAUUGCUAGAACCAUUGGGGGUUUUGUUGUUUUGUUUUGUUUUUUUAUGUCUGACCUGUGAUCGUGGUACAGCAUUAGCUGAAAUUUACCCUUGUUUUAUUCCACACCUCCCUUUUUUUUUUUAAAUUUUUUGACAAAUAAACGUUCCUAACACUUAAA